CCCCUGGCGGCGGCAGGAAGGGGCGGGCGGCGGGAGCGGCGCCGGGAGCCCGAGAUGGUGGGCGCCGGGGCGCGCGGGGCGCCGCUGCUGCCGCCCUUGGUGCUGCUGCCGCUGCUGCUGCUGCCGCUGCUGCUGCUGCGGGGCGCGGCGGGCGGGCUCGCCGACAGCGUCGUCUGGGCCGUCAACGCGGGCGGCGAUGCCCAUGUGGACGUGAACGGCAUCCACUUCCGCAAGGACCCGCUCGAGGGCCGCGUGGGCCGAGCUUCUGACUAUGGGAUGAAGCUGCCAAUCUUGCGGUCCAACGCAGAAGAUCAGAUUCUGUACCAGACAGAGCGUUACAACGAGGAAACCUUUGGCUACGAAGUUCCCAUCAAAGAGGAGGGUGACUACGUGCUGGUGUUGAAGUUUGCAGAGGUCUAUUUUGCACAGUCUCAACAGAAGGUAUUUGAUGUUCGCUUGAAUGGCCACGUGGUGGUGAAGGACUUGGACAUUUUUGACAGAGUUGGCCACAGCACAGCUCAUGAUGAGAUCAUUCCCAUGAGUAUCAAAAAGGGGAAACUGAGUGUCCAGGGAGAGGUUUCAACAUUCACAGGAAAGCUCCACAUUGAGUUUGUAAAGGGCUACUAUGACAAUCCAAAAAUCUGUGCCCUGUACAUCCUGCAAGGAACAGUGGAAGAUGUUCCAAAGCUGCAGCCGCACCCGGGUCUGGAGAAAAAAGAAGAUGAUGAUGAUGAAGAUGAAUAUGACGAUGGCUCCAGUGUUAAAAAACAGGCAAAUAAGAACCGGGUUCAGUCAGGCCCGCGCACACCAAACCCCUAUGCCUCGGACAACAGCAGCCUCAUGUUUCCUAUAUUGGUGGCCUUUGGUGUCUUCAUUCCUACCCUCUUCUGCCUCUGCCGAUUGUGAGAGCAAGCCCCACAGAGCAUCAGACAAGGGGCUGGGAGGGAAGGAGUUGGACCAAACACGGUUGCUUUCAAUUUCUCCAUAUUGUUCAUAAUUUAAGGAAAAAAAAAAAAAAAAGAUUAAAAAAAAGAAAAGAUGAUUCAUUUGGAAUGAAUAGAAGGUCCAGGUAAAAGGGAGCUUACCUUCCCCCUGCCAGCAAGCAGCGAGGCCCUCGCCUUCCCCUCGCACCAUGUGCAGCCUCCGAUCCUCCCUGGGGCAUCCAAGAGUAAGCUGAGUCCUGGCUGUCUGUGUGUUGGGCUGUUGGAAGCUGAUGCCAGCAGUCCCGGGCCAUGUCCCACAUUGAGAGAAUGCCCUGUGCUGCAAGAUCACUGCCUUUGCUGGGUGGAAUAUGGUUCCUUAAGCAGGGAAGCAGCUCCUAAAACCAGGCCUGGGUACACUUUUUGUCCAGGAGCGUGGAAGUGUUGUGUGCCACUGGGUGACUAACGACUGGAGGAUGGAGCCUGGCUCAGCGUCUCUGUGAAUGCGUGCGACACAAUGUAUGGUACUUGCCUGCAUAAACAUACCAAGACUCCAGCUAGCUGCUCAGCCUCUGCGGAGACGUUUCCCUCCUCAGAGUGCAAGCUGCGCCAGGAGCAGAGGGAUUUAUCUGGCCUGAUUUGCUGCACCGGUUGGGAGAGACUUUCCUAGUUUGACAAUUGUAAUGCUAGAUCCGUUGCAGAAGGAUUCUGCCGUAGCCUGUGAGAGGCUGACGUUGUUAGCGUCAGAUCCGAUGCACUUGUUUUCUGUAUUGAUUAUGGCUCUUGUUUCCUUUAAUAUCCUUUUCUUUUUGAAGGUUUAAUUUUAAGCCCAGUUCCUUGCUUUGCCUUUUCUAGCAAGUGACAUCUCCUUUGGAAGAAGCUGAGAAUCAGAUGGUCUAGAGAGGAAGUUCUGGACUUGUUCCUUGGCCAUUGUAACGGUUUGCUCCCCUCCUGUGCUGUAGGACAGAGCGGAGCAACCUCGCAGAUGCUCCCGGUGAGCUCUUGUUCCCUGUCGCAGGGACCACGCUUGCCUGCCAGCAGUGAGGAGUGCGGUGCAGCUGGUUGGUGUCUUCAGUUAGCACGGCUGUUUGCAUGUCCAGGCACUGUGGUGAAGGGGCAAGUGUCCAGCGUUUUAGUACUGUAGAGCAAGGUGGUUUACUGGCCUCCAGAGAUCUGGAAGUGAGCAGAACACUGGAGACAAGCUCACUCGCUUCCCCCAGGGAUAUUUCUGCAAGAGGCUUCUGUUUCCACAUGCAGAGGCUGCGCUUGUCUGACAGAGGCUGAGCAGAGCAAACGUCCGCACUGCACCUGCUGACCCAGAGCUGUGGGCCCCAAGGAGUUAACUUCCCCUGGUCCUGGCCUCUGACAUAUUGAGUGUUUCUGGCUGGUGGGAGACGUUUUGUGUGCCAGAGCAGGAUCUGGCCCAGGCAUGGGUGGGCCCGUGCAGGUCAGCUUUGGUCCUUGUGAGCUCUGGGCUCAGAGAACACUUUACCUCAUGCUGUCGCUGUUGUUCUCAGAAGUGCCCUCUCUUUACCCAGAGCAGCUGCACUGAGCCAUGUCCUCCUUGCUGGUGCUCCUCCCUGACCCUGAGUUUUCCUACGAUUGUUAUUGGGUUUGUUCCCCUGCAGUGGCUCAGACUUUCUUUGAGCUGAGAAGGGCCAGCAGAAUUCCCUACUUUCUGGAAAGGAAAGCAGAGGAGCAGCCUUUCUGCUUUUGCAGGGCUCAAGCAGCUGAAGCCUUUGCUUCCUCCUAACCUUCAAGCAGUGAUAGGAGCUGCCAGCUCACAAGCUCCAGAACAGGAGCUGGACGAGGUGUCAAAGCACCGCUCUGCGCAGCAGUGGCGCUGAACCUUGCCUUUCUGAUCGCGUGCGUCACUGCUAUAGGCCUGACCCUAAUUCUGCGUCUGUGAGCUAAAGAGCAAGCAGUAGGGCCUUAAUUACUUUUUCUCCAAUUGCACAAGUGGUAACAGCCAGUUUGGGAGAAGCAAGAAGGUCCUUGCCACACUGGAAGGAGAAGGCAGGCUUUAGAGAGAGCUGAUCUUAAGAACAAAACUUAGGAUGAAAAGACAGUAAGCUUGAAGUUGUCUGCUUUAUCUUCUAGCUGCUGUUCAAAUACUAGUACUUAUAAAGCUCUUAUAAAAUAUGAGCUCUGUUUUGUUUGGUUCCUGCAGAGAUUCUCCAGUGUUUGGGGGAUUGCUUUAACUGGAGCACAGAGACAUUUAGAUCUUUAUCAGUUUUGAGAAGCAUGAACUGUGCUGAUUUGUUAAGCAAAGAACCUGAGCUUGCAAGCAAGCUUCUCUGUAAGGAGCUGUUCUCCUCCAGGCCUUUUAGGUUGCAUUUUAUUUGAGCAUCCUUGGAGCAAAGAAUCACUCAGCUUCUAGUGGCUCACCCAGUAACUCUGCACCUUGCCUAGCAUGAGAAAAGGGGUGUGCGUUUAGGUGUGCAAAGUUGGAGAUGAGACUUCUAGGAUAGUUUAUCCCUGCCUCUCCGGGCAGCCAGGCCGCCCGUGUGGUGCCACCAGCUGCCCCUAAGGCCACGCUGUGCCAGGUGCGAGCUGUUGUGUUCCAGUUGCUCAGUUGGAAUGAAUUUGUCUUAUUUGAAUAAGAAUAAUGAGGAGGAAUAGUUCAUCCUUCAUGGCUUGAAUUUAGUUGUUUUGGCUCAGUUUUCAUCCACUUUUUUCACUACAAAGUUGGUGGCUGACGGGUUCCUGACCCUGUUGUGGUGCCAUGAGCAGUUUUCCUUGUUGGUCCAUCCCCUCCUGACAGGUUACAGACAAGCCUGGUUGUGCUUUGUUGCCUCCAGCCAGCAGCAGGCAGAUGACACGUGUGUCCCUGCGCAGCAGCCUGGGGAGCUGGGUCAGAACAGACCCUGGCUUCAUUGGUGAAGCAGUUGUGUAGAGAAGGGUGGAUAAGGCAAUUUUAAUAAAGCUUCUACUUAAUAAAGGGGAGAUGACACCAUCAAUCGUGUUUUGGGCCUGGAUCCAGCCUCAGGGUAGUUGUUCCAAAGCCUGUUUUAAUUGCCCCUCCUUUCAUACCUUUAAGCCAGGCCACCCUUCCCUUCUCUGUGUGUGUGAUUAAGUCAACAGCUCUGACUCUUUUGACUAUCCCAGGUGGCAGUGAGCAGAGAGCCAAAUGAAUUCCCUUCUCUUUUUGGUGCCUUUGUCUCAGGCUUUGAAUAAAAGUCUAUUUGAAGAAGCUUUUUUUAAAUUUUUUGUUUUCUUUGUAAGAAGCUUCUGAGUUGUUUUUUCUUUUUCCCUAAGGGACAGGCAUUCCCUGCCCUUGUGACCAGCUGCGGGCUGUCUCACUGUCCCCACUUCAGAGAUCACAGCUGAAGCAGAGAAGUGUGAGGGAGUAUCUUUGGUACCAGCCCUUGAGGUCAAUGGAAGAAAAAGCCUAGCAGGGGAUAGAAGAACUGGAAGAGCUCCUUCAGGUCUGGUCUCCCCUAGAAAUCUCCCGAAGGCAGCAUGGAGAACUUCCAGACAGUCUGGUGCCUGCGUGUCUGUGUGGUUCAGAGCUGAGUGAGUCAUGGCUGGGUCCUGGUAGUUGUAUGGUGCUUGGAGCUUCUGGGUGCAGAGUGUGGCUUGGGGGGACCUGCCCCCCAGAAUCACUCACCAAUGGCUUGCUCUGCACUGUUUGCAUCUGAACAGGGAGCAGAGACCCUUAGUCUUUCUUUAAGCUGAAAUGGGAUUGCAACAGCCAGGGAAAUGUCUUGGUAUGGGAAGCCUGGGCUGAACAGACCUGUCUUUGAUGGAAAACAGCAGGAGGAGGGAGAGGACCAGCAAAGCAGCUUAAGCCCUUGAUGUGAGAGAGAUUCUGAGCAGCUGCGAAGUACCAAGUGUGUCAGGCUCUGUUUGGUGCUCAAAUGUGGGAGACAUCUGUUUGCUUCUUGCACUUAUGUGGCGGGAGAGAAAUAUCCUUGCUGAGGAUCCAAGGGAAGUGGGAGCUGGGCCAGCACUGAGCUAAUUUACCUACUGGCGCUUCUGCAUCUCCACAACAAAUGCCAAAGUCUAAUACAAUUCAAGGAUGCUUUUUUAACGUCAGCCUGGUUUCACCAGUCUGUCUUCACCGGCUCGUCCCAGAUAGGCUCAGACAAGUAUUCUCAGCGGCACAAACACAGCACCAGGCUGGAGCUGUGAAGGUUGAGAGACGUGAUUACACGAAUAGGCCUCCUGUGCUUGCACCCCUGCGUCGAGCGCUGCCCAGCGGGGCUGCAGCACGUCCUUUCGCCUGCAUCCAAAUGGUUUUGUCCCAGGAGUACAGUAGCAACCGCAUUGAAGUGGUGCUGGGCUGGACAGGAGAGCUGAAAGCAGGUCCAUGUCUUCCGGGACUCUGGCUUGCUCAGAGUUUAUUGCUGUAUAUUAAAUACUAUUUUUGGAGAAUGGGGGGGAAGAUGUGGGAGGGGGAGGGAUGUGGCAGCACUGUCCCCAGGCUGAUCAGCGGGACGCUACUGCAGGUUAUUGAGAGGUUUUGAUUUUUUUUUUCCCAAAAAGUGCUUUAUUAAAAUAAAAUAAUAAUAAUCAACAAAA